CACACUGGGGAUAUCAGGACCUGGAAGAACCUUUCAGAAGCCAAGAUGAAGCUCCAGAUUGUGGCUGCCGUUCUCCUCUUCACCAUCCUUUCCCCAAAGACAAGCAACGCGCAGAAUGCCUUGGGUCUUGCUGGAAAUGCUGUUGAGGGUGUCGUGAGUCCAGUUGGAGAAGCUGCUGGGAAUGCCUUGGGUCUUGCUGGAAAUGCUGUUGAGGGUGUCCUGAGACCAGUUGGAGAAGCUGCUGGGGGGCUCCUGCGUCCGGUUGGAGGUCUUGUUGAGGCGGUUGCGCGUCCAGUUGGAGGUCUUGUAGGGGCGGUUGUGCGUCCAGUUGGAGGUCUUGUAGGGGAGGUUGUGCGUCCAGUUGGACCUCUUCUUGGGGGUGUCGCGAGACCAGUUGGAGAUGCUGCUGGGAAUGUCUUGGAUCAAGCUGGAAAUGCUGUUGAGGGUGUCGUGAGUCCAGUUGGAGAAGCUGCUGGGAAUGCCUUGGGUCUUGCUGGAAAUGCUGUUGAGGGUGUCCUGAGACCAGUUGGAGAAGCUGCUGGGGGGCUCCUGCGUCCGGUUGGAGGUCUUGUUGAGGCAGUUGCGCGUCCAGUUGGAGGUCUUGUAGGGGCGGUUGCGCGUCCAGUUGGAGGUCUUGUAGGGGAGGUCGUGCGUCCCGUUGGAGGUCUUCUUCGGGAGGUCGUGCACCCAGUUGGAGGUCUUCUUAAUGGUUUACUGGGGAAAUGAUCUGUGGACUAAGAAUCAUGAAUUAAUAACUCAAACGCUGACGAAACCGGAUUGGCUGACUUCGAUGACGACACCUGCCAUUACGCUUCCUGUGCUGCUGCUUCACAACUCUCCCACCAAUCAAAUGCUGACUGAAAAUCAUGAAUCAUACUGAAUGGGCCUCUAGCUGAUUACUGUGACAGUCCUUGAUUUUUUAUGCUUUUUGCUGUAACAGGGAGCGGAGGGACACUGAGCUCUGUCCCGCAGCUGCCCUGGGGGAUGGCGAGCGCUUUGCAAAAAAUAAAAUAAAUACAAAUGCACAAAAAAUG